AUGGGCCAAAAGUUCCAUGCAUUUAUGUUCCUAUGGUUUGCUUUUGGUCAUAUGACUCCAUACUUGCAUCUAGCCAACAAGUUAGCUGAGAAAGGUCAUAAAAUCACUUUCUUGCUUCCCAAGAAAACUCAAAAGCAACUUGAACAUCUCAAUCUCUUUCCAGAAAGCAUCAUCUUUCAUCCUCUUACUAUUCCCGACGUUGAUGGUCUUCCUCCUGGAGCCAAGACUUUCUCGGAUAUACCCAUCUCGUUGUGGAAGUUCUUGCCUCCAGCUAUAGAUCUCACACGCGGUCAAGUUGAAACCGCGGUUUCUGCCUUGUGUCCUGACGUGAUCUUGUUCGAUAUUGCUUGUUGGGUUCCAUAAAUGGCUAAAGAACAUAGAGUCAAGAGUAUGUUGUAUAAUAUGAUAUCAGAAACAUCUAUUGCUCAUGACUUUGUUCCAGGUGGUGAACUAGGAGUUCCUCCACCUGGUUAUCCUUCAUCAAAGUUGUUGUACCGCGAACAUGACGCUCACGCCUUGUUGUCCUUCUCUGUAUACUACAAGAGGUUCUCUCAUAGGCACAUCACAGGUCUUAUGAAUUGUGAUUUCAUUUCGAUUAGGACAUGCAAAGAAAUUGAGGGUAAGUUCUGCGGCUACAUCGAGAGCCAAUACCAUAAAAAGGUUCUCAUAACCGGUCCAAUGUUUCCUGAGCCAAACAAGAGUAAACCACUUGAAGCUAAAUGGAGUCAUUGGUUGAGCGGGUUUGGUCAAGGCUCUAUAGUGUAUUGUGCAUUGGGAAGUCAAAACACUGAUCUAGAGAAAGACCAAUUCCAAGAACUAUGUUUAGGAAUAGAGCUAACAAGUUUACCCUUUUUUAUAGCAAUAAAGCCACCUAAAGGCUCAAAGAAAAUUCAAGAAGCGUUACCAAAAGGGUUCGAAGAGAGGGUCAAAGGUCGUGGAGUGGUUUGGGGAGAAUGGGUGCAACAACCAUUGAUAUUGGCUCCAUCAGUAGGCUGUUUUGGUAGCCAUUGUGGAUUCGGGUCAAUGUGGGAAUCUCUAAUGAGUGAUUGCCAAAUAGUAUUGCUUCCGUUUUUAGCUGAUCAAGUUCUCAACACAAGAUUGAUGAGUGAAGAGCUCAAGGUCUCGGUGGAAGUGGAAAGAGAAGAAACUGGAUGGUCCUCGAAGGAGAGCUUGAGUGUUGCAAUCACAUCGGUGAUGGACCAAGAUAGCAAGAUAGGGAGUCUAGUGAGGAGGAACCACUCCAAAUUGAAGGAGGUUUUGGUUAGUGAUGGUUUACGAACCGGUUACACCGAUAAAUUUGUUGGCACUUUGGAGUAUCUAGUCAACAAUACUUGA